AUGCCCCCAAAACGAGCUUGCGAUCCUUGUAUCUCACGAAAAGUCAAAUGCAGUGGCUCUUGGCCCUGCGACACCUGUCGUGAUGCUGUUAAGCGUGUGGCUUGUACUUAUUUGAAACCCGCGCGAAAGAGAGGUCCCAAGACUCGAAGAGGGUCCAGGGUCCAACAUUUGGAUCAUGACGAUGAUAGAGAAAUCCCUCCUGAUGGAUUGAGUGCAGAGCAGAAUGGAGAGAAUAGGAGAGUGAAUCACAUUGAGCAACUGCCCACAGGGCCCUUGACAGAGUCCCAUACUCCGCAUCGAAUAUCCAAGGCCGUGCUAGCACCAAUAGUCCGCCUUUACCAGCAAUAUUCGUAUAGCGUGUGGCCCGUUGUUAAUGCAGACGUGCUUUUGGAGCGAUUAGACGAUGUGGUUCCAGAACAUACAAGCCAUGACGACGAAAACAUUGCAUGUCUUGUCAUGGCACUCUGCGCGGCGACCAUGGCGCAGUUGCAUCUUGCGCCGGUGAUGGAUGGAACACAUACAGUGGAUAGCACGGCUAUGGCGCAAGCCUGUCUGGGAAUAAGAGCCCGCUGUGAGAGUCAUCGGGAACAUCUCGAUAUAAGCAGUCUCCUGGUCGCGUUCUUUUUGCAUGUUUAUCAUGCGAAGGUAAAUCAGCGUACAUCAGCCAUGAUGUAUAUCCAAGAAGCUAUCUCCGGAGCUCGGAUAUUACGCCUGGAUGAAGCGAGAUUAUCGGGAGAUGUGACUGGGUCUAAGGCUGAUGAUGACCUGAUAGCAAAUAAGGAACUUGUGUUUCCUUUGCUGUGGGUUUCAGAGAGAGGGUACGCAAUGCAUCUUGGAUUAUCACCAUCAUACGUUGAUCCACCUCCAUUGGAUGGCCUUGAAAAUAGUCCCGAUGCCGAUAUUCACGCUCAAGGUCUUUUGGAUUUGAUCAAGCUUUUUGUGGCUUUCAAUCGCAUCUCUGUUCGCCGGAAGUCCCAGGUCGGACUAAGUCUGAUGUCAGAUUUGGCUGAUACUGAGACAAAGCUGUCUACCCUGCAUUUGAGGCUCGCAGAUAAUAUUUCGACCAGAACAGCAGAUUGUCACAUCACUCGAGAAUGGAUGAGAACUAUCCUUUGGCAAGAGGCUCUUUCCUCUGGCCUACUCUCUUCAUCGUCAGGUACCUCUUUUAUGACCUUUGCUUUCCCGACACAAGUCGGUCGUGACUUGCUUCACUCGUUAAGAUGCUUCUCAGAGGCGGAUUUGUUGCCUUUGGGACGAGACCAGCUUUUGAAAUGCUUUGAAGUUGCAAAUUCGUUGGCAGAUACCGUACUUCUCACCUCUGCUGGCUCACACCCAGGAUUCGAGUUAACCCCUCAAGACUUUUUGCAUGCCCUCUAUCAGAAAUUGCUGCCUUUUCUUGAGCAGGACCCAAUUCUCAAAUCGAUUCUUCGAAACAAAACGGCGGAGGUCCUAGUCACGGCACCCGCACGACUCUUAACAAGGAAAAUCGAUGAUCAUAACUUGAAUUGGAAUGUCCUUCAACAGGCCUUGGAUGAAAACCAGAACCAGUCGACUCUGCAAAUGACUGAUCCAAUAUUUGAAAUCAUAAAUGAAGAUUUGGCAUUGGGUACAGAUGAUUAG